AUGAGCUGGCUUCCGCUAUUUAGCCGCUUGAUAGCCAUUUGUUGGCUAGCGGUGGCCACUUUUGAUUCGGUUGAUGGUGCAGAACAUCCGCGAGUCAUCAUCGUCGGUGCCGGUGCGGCUGGUAUUGCCGCGGCAAGUCGUCUCUACCGUGGCGGAAUAACGAACAUCUUGCUACUGGAAGCAUCGCAGCGUGUUGGUGGCCGUGUCCACACGAGACCCUUCGGCGAUGGAAUCGUGGAUCUUGGUGCUCAGUGGUGCCAUGGUGAACAGGGCAACGUGGUGUACGAGUUGGCCUCCGUGUAUCCUGAUCUGCUCAAGUCUUCCGUUGUUCUGGAAGAUAUUAAGCUGAUCCGCUCAGACGGUACACCAGUUCCUGACGCGCUGGUCACGCGACUGACAAACCUGACUGAGCAUAUCAACGAGCUAGACGAACGGAAAACCUUCGCGGGGAGUUUGGGAGAAUUUUUCACGCAAAAGUACUGGCACAUCCUACAAACGGAUGAGGCGUUCGGUGAUGUCAGCGCAGAGCUAGCCGAACAGUUCCUGACGUACCAUCACGAUCAGCUGCGUGGCUACGAAGCCUAUGAGUCGUGGUUCGAAGUAUCGGCUGGCGAUGCGGAUAAGUAUGAGGAAUCUGAAGGCAACCAGGCACUGGCUUGGAAUAGUGUGAAGGGCUUUUCCACCAUUCUCGAUAUCGUAUCGGGUAACUAUCCCAAUUCUGUUAACGAAACCCUCACGCCAGUACCUUUAGACGAUAUUAUCAAUUACGGUAGGUUCGUGUCCAACAUCCAUUGGAUACAAACACCGAACGAGAACGUUGUGGUAACCACAGAAGAUGGCUCUCGGUACGAAGCUGAUCAUGUUAUUUCCACCGUUUCGUUGGGAGUCCUAAAAGAGAACCAUCACACGAUGUUCACACCGGCACUGCCACCGGUCAACCAGCGGGCCAUUACCGGCAUUUACUUCGGAAUGGUCAACAAAGUAUUUCUCCUGUUCGACACUCCCAUUCCGGAUGGACUUCCCAGCACCGUGCAGCUGCUCUGGAACAAACCCGAUCUCGAUGCACUGCGAAAAUCCAAACACUCGUGGGCUGAAUCCGUGAGCACACUAUUUCGCGUCGAUCACCAACCAAACGUGCUGGCAGCAUGGCUUGUCGGAAUGGAGGGUGGCCGUGCAGAACUCCUGCCAGAUGAGGUCAUCCAAGAGGGAGUACUUCAUCUCUUAGGCAUGUUCGCAAAAGACUUCAGUUUCGGUACCAUCGAGGAUGUAUUAAGGUCCGAUUGGUCAUCAAACCGCCUGUUCCGUGGAUCAUACUCCAGCCGUUCGAUGACGACAGAUAAGAUGCGCACGGGUCCACAAGAUCUUGCCAAUCCGUUAAACAACGCAUCAAAUGAACCCGUGGUACUGUUUGCCGGCGAAGCAACCAGCCUGAAGCGUUACUCCACGGUUCAUGGUGCCAUCGAGAGCGGUUUUCGUGAGGCAGAUCGUUUGCUCGAGCUGUAUCAAUAA